GAAGAAAGAAAUGGGCAUUUGGGCAGGAAGGAGAUUAAUCUGAAGUAAGGCGUCAGUACCCCCUUGGUUCAGCAAUGAGGAGCAUAACCAGCUGGUGUACUGCCUGCAUCCCAGGCCGCAAGCAGAAAGAAAUCAAGAUUGAAGAGCCAGAGAAAUCCUCCCUUAAAACAUCUAGCAGUGAUGACCAAGCUGAAGGCAGCCAUCAAGGAACCACCCACGCUGCCAGUAAUGAAACUGGUGGCGCAGCUGUCACGACUGCAGCCCAUAUGUCUGCCAGUAAUGAUACUGGUGGCAGUGGUGAUGGGAGUCGCGGUGGCCAUUAAUCAAGGAGUAAUUCCCAUUUGAUUGUGUUGUUUACUAUUUUAAUCGAUGGUGCAUGGUCUUACGUUCUGGGUUAUGGUUAUCAUUGCUUCUUUACUUUCAUAAUUGUUGAAGUUUUUGCUCUAGGAGUGGCUACAGCCUGCUGCGAUGCGAGAUCGGGGAAUUUGGGGUGGAAUCUGUAAGAAGUCAAAAGCUAGCUUGCCAGAUAUCUAUCGAUCCAUUUCAUGCGUGGGGUGGAAACUGGAAAGUGUGGUGUUUUGUUUGCGAUGGUUUUUUUUUUUUCCUUUUUAAUUUUUGCAACAAUUUCUAUGAUGUUCAUGAGUGAGAGAGAGUGUAUUCGUGCCUUGUAUUCAGAAUUUUUCCUGUGUUUAUUUUUUGCCCACCUGAUUUUAUUUUAUUUUAUUGACUUGGUGCUGCCAAUGUAAUUGCUAUUUCAAUUGGUAGAGAAAUUCGAAAUUCAACUCCAUUAUCUAAAAAUAAAAUGAAAGAACUUUUUAAUUUUA